UAGUAGUGACCGUCGCGCUGCGCGUGGUAAUCAACUAUGAAUUAAAUCAUUUGCUAUUGUUCUGUUCCGAAAAUUUUCACGUAUUACGAGUUAUAUAUUCAAUGAUUUUGUACCUAAAUUAGUGAAGUGAAAAUGACAUUGAAUAUUUAGUCUAUAACGAUUAAUUAGUUUUAGCAAUCCGUUUAUUUCUCUGACAGUGUAAUAAUCAGUGAGUAUUAUGAACUUUGAGGACUAUGAAACGCUUCCGACCCAAAAUUCCAUCACACACAUGACGGCGGGAGCGAUCGCCGGGGUGAUGGAACAUUGUGUGAUGUACCCGUUGGACUCGGUCAAGACUCGGAUGCAGUCUCUGCGAUCAGCUCAUAAUGGCAGCAUCGUGGAAACAUUCCGAUAUAUGGUGCAACGGGAGGGCUUGCUCAGACCAAUCCGCGGCAUGUCAGCCGUGGUGGUGGGCGCUGGACCGGCGCACGCGUGUUUCUUCGCGACGUAUGAACAGAGCAAACACACUUUAUCACAGCUCACCAGGCAUCGGCAUGAUCACAUUACCCAUGGUCUUUCCGGCUGUUUGGCGUCACUAAUCCAUGAUGCCGUCUCAAAUCCCACCGAAGUUGUAAAACAGCGGUUGCAGAUGUUGAAUUCGCCAUACCGUGGCGUAUGGGAGUGCGCCAGACAUGUGUAUAGGGCGGAAGGUUUGCGAGCAUUCUACCGCUCGUAUGGAACACAGGUCACCAUGAACGUACCAUUUCAGGCUGUACACUUCGUAACAUACGAGUGGUGUCAAUCCCGAAUGAACCCUACGCGUGGGUACGAGCCGCGAGCCCAUUUGACGGCGGGCGCGUGCGCGGGCGCACUCGCUGCAGCCACUACUACGCCGCUCGAUGUUUGCAAAACACUGCUUAACACGCAGGAGCGAGGCGCAGAGGGCUUAGUAGGCGCCGCGGGUCUGGUAAUGCGAACCUCAGGGCCGCGAGGUUUCUUUAAAGGUGUGGCCGCGCGAAUCUUAUACCAAAUGCCGGCAGCUGCCAUCUGUUGGCUAACUUAUGAGACAUUGAAACAUGCCCUCAAUACGGUAGAGUUAGCCGAGGAGUCAACGACAAACACAGCAGGUUCGAGUCUCGCGUGUGCAACUUUACGAAUAGCGGCCGCCGAAGUGCCAGCCACUACACUCACGCGCACAUAACACACUAACAACCUCCUCUCGUACAAAACUAAUUAACGGAUGCCCGAAUGUUAGAACAUAUUAUGUUUAGGCGUUCCAAUCGAUAAUUUCAAUUUAAAUAACUUAUUUUUUACGAAAUAUUAAAAAAAAUGUUUUAAAAUAAAUGUAAUGUGUAUGAUGACAUACAUAUUUAAAAAAUGAUAUAUAUGAAAGUAUUUUUGUUUGAAAGAAAUAUCGUGAGAAAUACUCUUCCAUCAUCCACAUUUUUAUUUAAAUUAUAAUGUCUUCUACAUAAUAUUAUACAUAUAUAUAUGUAAAUCGUUUUACAAAACGGUCCUUAGAAAUGACUGCAUAAUUCUUUAAAUUUCUUCACAAUACUCAUUACAGGCCUUCAAAACAGCUCUAGUUAGUCUUAUCAUAAGCAUUCUUAAAAAUACACUUUUCGAAAUUAGUUAAAAUUCAUAAAGAAAUUAUCAAAUAAUGUUUUAUAGAAAUUCCGAACUGACAGUUCAUUGCCAUUUCACAAAAAUGUAUUCAUAACAGAUUUUAAUUAAUAACAGUCCUUCUUUAAAAUAUAAUUAGUAGUAGUCUGAAAAGAGGUCGUAUUUCAUAUGAAACUUGACAAUUUGCAGAAAGUAUUGACAAUUGACAUUUGGUCGAUAGCUAGUCUGUCGAAAUAAGUACACACAAUCGAAUAGGUUUAAUGGAUCGUCGAAUAUCCCAGUGAUUUUAUUCGAUUUUUGGGAUGAGGGGAGGGAGUUGUUGUUGUUAUGUUUUGUUGUUUACAGAGUAUAUAUUAUCGAGUAAAAAAUAUUUUUGUGUUGUAUUUUGGUAUGUUUGUAUACACGCUUUGUAGGUCUCUUGUGAUUUUUAAGGAUUCUUGAAAUAUUCUGCGCGUGUAAUUCUUAUAAUAUUCGAUAAUUGAUUAGUUUUUGCCGUGGUCUAACCAAUGCAAAGUAGAUUUUUCAUCUCGGAUAACUAACGUUUGUCCUUAAUCUCUGAGCCUUAGCACCAACUUUUUUUCGUAUUCGUAUGUAUGAUUUGAGUUUACAUGUAUAUGUAUGUUACAAGUAUGGUAUAUUCUAUUUGAACGCAGUAAAUCCAGAUUUCUGUUUAAUUUCAAAUAUUCCUACGUAGCGCUUCCCAAAUUUCCGAUACUAAAAUGUAUUAAUUUUCUAUUCUAUUCAACGUGCUAAGGCCUGGUAUGUCCAAAACCAAUGAAAUUGGUCGACCAAACUCUGAAACUAAAUCCCGGGUUGUUAUAUUUAACUAACGAAGUAUUGUAUCCGUAAGUUACAUAAGAUGUACACAGGCGUGUAUUUGUAUGAUAUUGUAUGUGUGAAUUAGAAUUUAGCUGUGAUGUUACGAAUAAAUUAAUUAAGUCAUUAUUAAUAGUUUGGAUAUUAAGUAUUACUUACCGUACAUACGAUACAAUAAGAGCUAACUUUAUAGUAUGGUUUGUGCGGUUUUGUUUUUAAUCUCGUAUGAGUUUUUUUUAAUAAAUUUCUGUUAAUGUUUCAUAUUUUACAAUAAAUUCGUUUAUUGUUGGA